CCUAAAUUCAUUACUUUUAACAGAAGUCUCUCUGGGCAACUGGGCCCGAAAAUUUGUGGACAAGAUGCGUCUGGAGCAGAAAAGGAAGAAGAAGAAGAAGAAGAAAAUCUCCCGCGCCACGAUUAACUGAUAUAACAGUUUCUUUUCCGCAAGGUUAGCAUCAGACUCAGAGAUUCCAAUUCCAGAAAUGACCAUCGCCAUGUUCACGAAAUCAGCAGCCGCGGCGGCCGGGACCCAACGGCUGCUGGGCAAAGACGACAUCUACGUCGCGGCGGUGCCUCUUAGAGCCGCCAAAGGACCGCCGCAGCUGCUGAUGUCGGCGGCUUACUCACUCAACCUCAGCUGGGACUUGCAGCAUUUCAUGGUCAUCAUCAAACCCACUUCGCCACCGCGGCAGGCUGCUGUUGUGUUCGAUUUUCAGCCCAGAGAUCCUGAAGAUGUGCUUACGGCUCUUGCGGUGAUGUCUGGCAGAUCAGUACCUGGGGCAGUGUUCCGCAGAACCUUGAAAGGGCUGCCGAGAAGACGAUGUUGGUAUGUUGGAUCGGCUGGAGAUGGUGAGCAAGUUGCUGCCGAGUUCAGUGACAAGUGGAGCACUUACCUGAAAGUUGGGAGUCAUGACUGUCGACAUUUCACGAACGGGUUGGUGGAAAUUCUCACUGGUGAAGAGCUAGUUCUGGAGAAGCUAAGAACGAACUUGUCGAUGGAGAGCAAUACCACCUAAAAUACAGACGAUUAGUUUUG